UUCUGGAUGAAGCUGUGCACGAGACCCUGACGCACACUGAACCCCCGUGGAGGACUCGCUGGUGGGUCGGGGGUCUCUCAGAGGCUCAGAGUCUCGGGAUCCAGUCCCAGUGCGCACCUGCGUGAGAGCAGCCACGUCCACAGCCCCAGCGCGGAGGUAGACCGGGUCCUGGAGGAUGAGUGACGCGUCGGUUGGAUUACAAACCACGAGGAGCUUCUCCGUCUCUGAGCCGCACCGGCUCCUCUCCACCGGUCCUCCCGAGACCAGCAUGUCUCCCAGAGUCCUGGCUCACGUCCUCCUCCUGUCUGUCCUUCUUACCUGCUCUCUGACUCUGGAGGACGAGGACGAGGACGAGGACGUCACCGUCAACCAGAUGCUGGCCCCCAGAGUCCAGGACUCCGACGCCACGGAAAUACUCAACAACCUGCUGAAGGAAUACGACAAGAAACUGCGCCCGGACAUCGGAGGUAACGCUGAACACACUCAGGACCCGACCUCCAGCUGCUCUUAUUAUGGGAUGUAUGAGCGUGUGUGUGUGUGUGUGUGUGUGUGAUUAAAGAGGAACUAAUAUCUAUGAAAUACCACUUCAUCACUUCAUGAAUCCUUCAUGUAGGAGUUAUU